AUGGAACUCUCAGACUUGCCACUUGCCCCAAAGCAACCUACCUUGCAAGACGAUAUUGGUCAGCCUCAUGGAUACGAUAAAGCACCAACAACAAAGUUUCUAGCCUUGAUGGGACUGGGUGCAUCAUGGAUCCUCGGCAUUGUCUGUGUAAUCGUUGGCUCAGGUGCAGUUACCAAAUCAACCACUUCAGAAGCCACAAAAGCAUACCAAAAUAAAUCCGCAAUCGCAGGUCCAUAUCACGAUUGGCCGGGAGCCAAAGUAUCACCAGCUGCCGCAGAAAUCCUACCCUUGCUGGUCAGCUUCAUCGUCACCGCGCUGAUGGAAAGCACUGGUUUGAUUCAUGAGACCAGUCUACGAUGGGCUUUACAGGACAAGCUCGUCUUUAACUCCAACCUUCGUCUGUUCACAUUCGUACGCCAGUAUUUCUGUUUUGGCGCCAUCUCCAACAUUCUCCAUGCCGUGUUCAUCGUUGUGUCAUAUGCUGCAGCAUCUCUCAUGUUUGCCAUUUCGCCGUCACAGAACUUUUGCAACCACUUCUCUCACACCCUCGGCAACGAGAUAUACAAUGGAUGUGGAGAUUUCGUGGCCUUGGCGACGCCAGCUGUCUGCGCUUUGGGUAUUGGACUCCUUGGUCAAGCUGGUCUUGCAACAUGGCAAAUGUUGUCAGUCCGCAUACCAACCUGGUCAGCAAAUCCACUCGAUACGGCCUGGGCCAGCGUGGAAGGAGGCACCAGAGCAAGAGUGCCAGGCCGUUGUAUGAUGAGUGUGCACGAAGCUGGACUCGAUACAGGCCCCAAAUAUCCAAAGGCUCGGCAACUUUCUAUCUGGAAGGCACAUAAAGAAGCUCGAAGAAUCAUGUACUUUGUAUGGACGUUGACAGUGUUUAGCUUCGUCUGGUUUGGCGUCACGCAAGGAACACUCGCAUAUAAAACGAAGAAUCCAACAAAUGGCCAGCCAUGCAGUGGCUGUAACGCGUAUCUGGGAAACAACUGGAACCUCAUUCCCGACCAAGGAAAGUCACCCACGAGCGCUGCCGUCAUUGUAGAAUUCUCAUCGAGCUUCUACGCCGGUAUUCAUACUCCGCUCCAUUGCGCGGAACUCAUUACAAAUCUAAGCAGAGACGAAAAGACGUGGCGGCAGUGCUAUUCCUCACGUCCUUAUGCACCGCGGCCGAACGCUUUGUUCAGGGCGAGUACGAGCUGGGUGGCUGUUACUCUCUUCGUGCUGAAGGCGGUGCUGCAUUGGCUGUUCGGUAAGGGCAUGACUUAUGCGUAUAAUUGGGGUAUAUUUUUGAGGCCGCCUCAGCUUCUAUACCUUAGCUUUGGUGCCUCGAUUUUGACUGCUUUCACGACUUUUUUGUCCUUCCAACGGCCUAAUGAUGAGCAGCCUGCUACUUUUAGUCAUGUUCAGACUUUGGUGGAUUUGGUGGACGAGUGGCAUCUACAGAUCUUCUGGGGCGACAAGGGUGCGAUUGGAGAGCACGAGGUCCGACAUGCUGGCACAUCAGCUUUCCCGCUCAACACCAUCAUAAGAGAUGCUAUGUACGAAGGUUCACUCUUAGUACAAGAAUCAAACUCAGAAGCGGCUGUCAACUGA